CUCAUAGCGAAGAACCCAUUGGAGUGUGUUGAUUGGCACCUCCCUUGCUAUGCGGUGCGACAUGGUGGGAACUGUCAGCUGAUGCUGCCCACAUUGCAUGCCGCGAAGUCUUUUCUGGCUUGCAGCGUGUGCGGUCUGCGUAGGCCAUGCAGUGUCACGGCGAGUGCAUUUCUACACCUUCUCUGACACUAUACCGCACCCGGGCCUUUGUGCUCUCGCUGAGGCAGCCUUUGAGCUGGGCCACGGGCUGCGGGUCAUUGGCCUCAGCAAGCGGCCUGGCUACAUCCUCAUCCACAGUCAUUCACCCACCCUCAAGUUCCUGAUGCUCCAGGAGGUCCUGGAGUAUGAGUUGAGCAAGGGAAGAAUCGCUGAGGAUGACAUAGUCAUAUUCUCUGAUGGUCACGAUGUUCUGCUGCAGCAGCCGCUUCUGGAGAUCCUGGCAGCCUACAGCCGUUGGCCUGGCUCGCCAUACCUCAUCUCUGGGGAGCGAAACUGCUGGCCUUGGCCUCACAGCGACCCCUCCCACGGCAGCUGGGACUUGACCGACAAGGCUGCCAUGAACCAGUCCUGGAUCAUCAACCGAUGGAUCAGGUUCACAGCCCAUGACUUCUGCCGAAUGAUCCGGGCGGACGGCCCAUAUCCGUUUCCCAACAUCGGUCUGUCCAUGGGGCCGGUGAAGCGAGUCAUUGAGGUUCUGAAGAGGAACAACAAGAUUGUGCUGGAAGAGGAUGUCAAUGAUCAGGGUGCCAUGUGGUUGGUCAUUCUGCGCCAUGCAGUGGAAUUGAACAUCCAGAUUGACCAGCAUGCAGAGGUGUUCCUCAACAUGCUUGAGUACAAGAAGGGUGAGCUGGAACGGGAGCCGUGCGACAAACACUGGUUCCGGGGGCCGAGGGCUGCAGGGCCUCCCAGAAACCUGCUCACCAACACCACCCCGGGCUUGCUGCACUUCAAUGGACCCUCCCACGAGGACGGUGUGUGGCCGAGCUGCUACCACACCAUCAACGGCCAGUUCAGGCAGACGGGCAAGGGCCACGCAUUCUACGACGUGGACCAUGAUAUCCUGGUUGCAACAGAUCACAUUUGCGACUACAGCUUCUACAACAUCCACAACUUCCAUGCGCAUCCGCUGAGUGGUCACACUCUCGAGUUCUUGGAGGGCUUCUACAAGCUGCCGGUGGAUCCGGGGCUCCUAGCCUGGCGAGGCAGCGCCUCCGCAGUGGACGCGGUGCGCCUGGGCCGGGAGGCGGACCUGCACACUCAGUCGCCUUUGCUGCACAAGGCCAUCAACGUGUAGAGCGGAGCA